CUCCAGUAGAACAUUCACCUUCAACAUGGAACAUAGACUCCACGCAGCAAGUCACAACUCAUUUACAUUCUACACAGUUGUGUGAAAAAUAAAUUUUUGAGUAAUGUGUAUAUCUGAGCUCAUGCCUAAAUAAUUGUGAAAAAACGAGAAAAAUAUUUUUACUAAAAAAAUCACUCUAAACUUUAGUAAAGUAUAAAACACUUUGACAUUCAGGCAAUCUGCAAAAAGUGAUGAAAAUAAGUGAAUUAAGAAAUAAUUAAGUGAAUAUGUUCUUAGAGGGUUGUGUAGUUUGAAGUAAAGAAGAGAAGAUAGCUGACAAGGAUUGAUCAAGUUUAACCUUUACACCGGAGUUUCUCAUCCACAGUGUACAGUGUACACACAUGUGUGUUUUUAUUCAUCGUUAUCAUCCAAAGUGAAUAAUGCUAUCCUACUUUGCAUUAGUGUUCAAAGUUAUGAUAAAUUACUGAGUGAAUUUUUGAAAAUGUCCUUACUAAUGAAAAAGUAAAGAUGGAUCCGAGCAGACACGGCUCCCAAUUCUGGCUCCACUGGAGCCACAACAAACGCUCAAAUCGACGAAGUCUUCAGCAAGCUCCAACUAAUAAUAAUGCUGGACUCCCUGCUUCCAUGUCUAGAUCAGGGCCAUCUAACCUGUAUGCAGGGGCGCCCCUAGGCCCUCCUGGAGGGGCCCAAUGCCAGUUUGUGACCUUCUUCCCACCCCCUACUCCGCCCCUGUCUCAGGGUAGAGGGAACCUGAGCAGGUCUAGUCCCCCAGAGGACCUGGAGUACUUGAACAACAAUCCAGACGGUGCUCGGAGAGUAGACGGAUUAAGAUGUUUGGACGUGAUGAAGGAAAUGGAGGAGGGUCUAGCACUUCUCACAGGAGGGCGGGAUAGGAGGGGCGGACCAGUUCUAACCCUCCCCCAGAACCCCCGCAGGGAGCGUGCACGUCCUGAAGACUAUAAGAAGCUUCUUGACUACCUUCUCGGGGUUCCCUGUGAUGACGUGAGAGAGAUGGGGUUCACAGUGGUCAUAGAUAUGCGUGGUAACUCAAGCUGGACAACAGUUAAACCAAUACUCAAGGUGUUACAGGACAAUUACUCAACAAGUAUACACACAGCACUCAUUAUAAAACCUGACACAUUCUGGCAGAAACAACGAACCAACCUGGGCAGCCAGAAAUACAAGUUUGAGACGCAUUUGAUUGGUCUUGAAUCCUUACAUAAGCAAGUUGACCCGAGCCAGCUAACUGUUGACCUCGAGGGAACACUCAGCUAUGAUCACACUAUCUGGAUUGAAAUGAGAUGUGGGUUGGAAGAUUUUGUUUGGCAAAGUAGUGAGCUGUUGGAUCGGAUGGAGGAUAUGAGGGAGGAUCUCAACCACAACGACUUCGCUGACGACGUGAACGGCGCCAAGAAGUCGAUGGAUCUCCACAACGAAUCCAAGAAGAAGAUCCACAAGGUCCCUGUCGAGAAUAUUGAUGGUAUGGGACAGCGCUUGCUUCAAAGGCUUUCAACGUGUGAGGGAGGAAACAGUUAUGAUAGUGGAUACUGUGGUAGAGAUAGUACUGCUAGUAAUAUGACCCUUAACCCUGAUCUUCAAGUAGCAAUACCACAGAUAAUGCAGCUGUUAGAUCAAGUGCACAGCGGACAGCAGCAACUGUUACAGCUGUGGAAGGUGAAGAGGAACAAGCUAGAUCACUGUCUACAGCUCAGGAUGUUUGAGCAGGAUUGCGAGAAGAUGUUUGAUUGGAUAUUCUCUAACCGUGACGUUUUCCUUGGUAACUAUGUGGAGAUAGGACGGAACUAUCAGGAUGCUAAAACAAUACAGGAGGAACACAAUCAAUUCACCGCGGCAUCCAAUAAUGUGUACGUGAAUAUCAGUCGCAUCCUCACUGCUGCUGGGAAACUGAUAGAAGGCGGCCAUUAUGCUGCAGUACAUGUCAGGGAUGUUGCUAGUAGACUGGAUAGCACCUGGAAAGGGUUUGCUGGAGGACUAGAUGAAAGAACAACCGUGUUGGCUCUUUCUGUUCUUUUUCAUCAGAAAGCAGAAACUUAUGUGGAGAAUGUGAGUGGUUGGUCUGGAGGGUGCGAGGUACAGGGUGUAUCUUCAGAUAUAACUGUUCUAGAAACAUCUAUUCACCAUCAUCAGGCUCUUUACGAAGCAAUGUGUCAAGCAUACACAGAGGUUCACUCUACAAGUAAGAAGCUGCUGUAUCAACUAGAUCAUCUGGUUCAAGUUUCUGCUCAGACUGUUCAGGAGUCACCACAGAAGAAACAUAGCUCUGGAUGUCCGCAAAAAAGAAAAGAGCCCCGACCCCCGCCAAAAAGUACAGAUCCAGCUGCAGAUUAUCAAGAGGGUGCUGGACAUGUUCUGUCUGUAAUCCACGAGAUUCUAGCACACCACCGUCAGCUCGAGGCUAAAUGGCAUCAGAAGAAGAUAAAACUUCAUCAACGUUUAGCUCUCAGACUCUUCCAGGAGGAUGUGAAACAGGUGUUGGACUGGUUGGAGAAGCACGGUGAGGUCUUCCUGAGGAAGAAUGUUGGUAUUGGAAGAAAUCUUCAGAAAUCUCGAGUUUACCAGAAAAGCCAUGAGACAUUUGAGGGAGUUGUUCAGAACACCUACACGAACGCUGAGAAGCUGUUGGCAGCUGCAGAGGAACUGGCGCAAACAGGAGAGUGCAAUGCCGAGGAUAUUUACAGUGUUGCACGGGAGCUGGAGAACCAUAUUGCAAGCUUCGCUGCACGUGUAGAGGGAAGACGACAUAUCCUAGACUCAGCUGUUCUCUUCUAUUCUCAUGUAGAGGAGCUGGGUAGCUGGUUAGCAGAGUUGAAAGGGGAGCUAGCCAGUGAGGAGGUGGCUGAGACAGCAGAGAAUGCUGAACGCCUGCUAGACCAGUUCUCAACCCAGCGGGAGAGCACAUUAGAUGCGCUGCAGUCUACAAUUCAAGAAGGAGAAUCCUUACUCCGAGAACUUGGAGAACAAGGAAUAGAUCAAGAGAUGGAUUCUACAGGUUCUGUUGCAUCUGUGCAGAGUACUCUAACCAGACUCUCCGGUGAGAGGGAGGAGCUAGGUGAGCUCUGGACUACCAGAAAGCUCAGACUAGAUCUUUGCCUUCAGCUCAGACUUUUUGAGCGAGAUGCUUUAGAGCUCAGCGCUCAAUUCGAGGUGUGGGGGGAGGAGUUGCACACUGGUCCUCUUCCUCGGAAUAGUGUGGAGGACGCAGAACGAGCUUCUAGGCAACUAGACGAUCAGAUCUCUCAUAUACAGUCUGCUACAUAUAGUGUAGUACAGAGGGGACAAGAUCUGUUACAGUUGUUUGAGAGCAGCGGAAUAAACUUGAUGGCUGAUAGUCAGUAUAAUGGAGAAACUAGAGUACAAGUUCUUCUUGAAUAUCUACAGGAGAGAGGAGUAGAUAUGGAAGAACUAGCAGCAGUUCGUAGACUUAAACUUGAACAAUGUGUUAGUCUUACAACUUAUCAGAGUGAUGCGAGUCAGGUUAUGCGAUGGAUUCAAACAACAGAAUCCAUGUUAAUGGCGAGUUUUAGUAUUCCUGGUUCCCUUCACGAUGCUGAACUUCUCAAGAAGGAACAUGAACAGUUCCAAGUUGCGAUAGAGAAAACCCACAGUUCUGCGGUCCAUGUAAGGCAGCGUGCUGAGACCCUGCUACAGUUAAAUCACUUUGAUCCUGCCGGAGUCAAGGAGAUUGCUGACAGUGUCACAAACAGAUGGCAGAACUUAGUGACAAGAGCAGAGGAGAGACAUAAGCUCGUGACGGCCUCCUUGAACUUCUAUAAGACUGCGGAGCAGGUGUGCAGUGUGCUGGACUCCUUGGAGAGGGAGUACAAGAGGGAAGACGACUGGUUGGCCAGGCACACUAGUGGAGAUCAUGACAGAGCAACACUAAUUGCUCAGCUGAUCAAUAAACAUCAAGAGCAGAAGGAGGCCUUUCUUAAGGCGUGUACCUUGGCUCGUAGAACAGCUGAAACCUUUCUUAAAUAUUCUAAUAGAAGUUUACAGUACUUCAACCAUCCGAACCAUCCAGAAUAUAGAGGACCAGAGCUUAAAGUUAAAAAUAUACUUGAGAAAUUGUUGACACAAGAAAACCGAGUUCUAGAGUAUUGGACAAAUAAGAAGAAAAGGUUGGAUCAGAACCAGCAAUAUGUUCUGUUUGAGAGAUCUGCUCGUCAGUCUUUAGCCUGGAUUAAGGAAGAAGGAGAUAUAUAUUUGAGUACACAUACUCAAGUUGGAAAGAACAAGGAAGAGACCGAAGUUCUUCUACAAGAACAUAAUUCAUUUAAGGAAAAAGCCCGCGAAACAAGGGAGAAAGUCAAACUUCUCUUACAGUUAGCUGAUACGCUUGUAGAAAAGGGACAUGCUCAUGCUCCAAACAUUAAGCAGUGGGUGGAAGAGGUUGAUGAAACCUAUAAGAACUUCUCCUCAAGGAUGGAUCAGUAUAGAGAGAAGCUUGAGGCGUCCUUGGGAUUGAGUGUUGGAGUCGGCUUGAUGUUGGAGAAAGAUACUGGUUCAGACCCUGCUCUAGAGUCUAGAUUCAAGGAUGGCGUAGCAGACUUGAAACAGAUAAAGGAGUUGAAUGAGGAGAAAAGGAGGUCUGCCAGGAGGAAGGAGUUUAUUAUGGCAGAACUCCUAGAAACAGAAAGGAGUUAUGUCAAGGACCUUGAGUUAGCUGUGAAUAGUUUCCUUAUACCAAUGAGAACAGGAGUAGGGGGCGAGGUUCCAGCCUCACUACGGGGCAAGGAGGCUGCUAUCUUCGGUAACCUCGAGGACAUCUGCUCCUUCCACAGGGGAACCUUCCUCAAGGAGCUAGAGAAGUACGAGAUGAUGCCGGAGGACGUUGGACAUUGUUUUGUUACAUGGGCCUCCAAUUUCUCGGUUUAUGUACGGUACUGCACAAACAAACCCAAAUCUACGGAGUUGUUGGUACAACAUGGUGUACCAUACUUCGAGCACCUUCAGCACCUUGCCAAACUAGAGCAACCUAUAGCUGCAUACCUCAUCAAACCAGUUCAAAGGAUAACAAAGUAUCAGCUGCUACUAAAAGAUCUUCUAAGCUGCUCUACUGAAGCUGAAUAUGGAGAGAUUAAGGACGGAUUAGAUGUUUGUCUCUCAGUUCCUAGAAGGGCGAAUGAUGCGCUCCACCUUUCCUUGCUUGAUGGCUGUGAUAUUAGUUUAGAACAUCUUGGAGAAGUUAUUCUACAGGAUGUGUUCCAUGUAUGGGAUCAGAAGAAGUUGAUAAGGCAGAGCAGGGAGAGGAGAAUGUUCCUGUUCGACCUGUACCUCGUGUUCAGCAAGGAAGUCAAGGACAGCAGCGGGAAGGCCAAGUACAUGUAUAAGAUGAAGAUGAUGACGAGUGAUAUCGGAAUCACCGAGCAUGUCGAAGGUGAUGAGUGCAAGUUUGCUGUAUGGACAGGACGCACACCUGCUUCAGAGUCAAAGGUGAUAUUAAAAGCUUCUUCAAUGGAUGUUAAACAGCUGUGGGUUCGGAAGAUGAGACAGUUGAUCCAGGAAACAUAUUUCGGUAGUAACAGUGGUCCUCCUGGUAUAUCUAGCUUAGCUGUUCCUACCAGUAGUAGAGGACAUAAACAUACAACUAGUCAACGAUCCAGCAGGGAUCUGGAGGAGACAAGAUCAUUAGAUGAGAGUAUAGAGAAUAUGGAACGGGGUUCCUUGGCUUCAUUUGGUAGUGGAGGAACCACGGAUAGUGAGACUAAACAGGAUAAGGCGCUGUGUGGUGAACUAACCCUGGUUAUAGCUGACCAUACAGGAGUAGAGGGUCAUCUUAGUGUGAGGUCAGGUCAGCAGGUCGAGGUGCUAGAUCUAACCUCACCUGACCUAGCUCUAGUGAGGUUGAGUAGUUCACUAGCUGAGGAGAGUAGACCUGAACCUAUUGAAGGUUUACUUCCUUUAUCCUGCCUUAAACUCUCACCAACCAAAUACAACCAGUUUAGAACAGAACAGUCAGAAUCUCUGGAUGCACUAGGAGCUACAUCACCGAUUAAUAAACGAAAAGUAUUCAGCGGGAAAUGGUUGCCGAAUAUCCGGAAGUUGUCCCAGGCCAGAUUAGAGAAAUCCCACAGUUUGGGUGGACAUGAUGGAACUAUUAUACAAAGACAGAUCUCAAAAUCUAAAUUCAAGUUUGGUCAGACCUCUGUGGAUAUGGGGAACCGUGUUAGUGGGGGCGGAGAACAGGAACCUCGAGGCCCCUCCAGUACCAGAUCCAGGGGGCGGAGUGAGAGUGGGGCGGAGGCUCCAGAGGAAGAACCGGAAGUUGAAGUUCCCCCACCAAUGCGACCCAUUUCCUCCAUGCCAAGCACUGAGGAGCCUUUAAAGGAAUCUGGCAUCUCGGUAAAUGGUAAUGGUGUAGAGAGUUGUAAAGAAGUCUCCACCCAGCCUAAUGAAGUUGAAGAACGACUAGCUGAGGAGGAUGGAAGUGUAGAGGAUGAGGUUGCAGCUAGAGCUCUAGAGCAACGAGGUUGGCGGGUCCGUGAACUAGUUGAGAGUGAACAGGAUUAUGUCUCCGACCUGGCUCAGUGUGCACAAUAUAUCUACUAUAUGAGGGAGAGUAAGGACGAAGAGAACCCAGAGAUACCUAUGCCGGAGGAUUUAAAGCAAGGGAAGGACAGGAUGAUAUUUGGAAACCUGGAGAUGAUCUACGAGUGGCACAGAGAUUACUUCUCUAAGAACGUGUGUGGGUGUGCAGAUAAUCCAAGUGAGCUAGGAAACCUCUUUAAGAAGUGUGAACGAAAGUUCCAGAUGUAUGUAGUGUACUGCCAGAACAAACCUAAAUCUGAGUUCAUUGUCUCAGAGUACAUAGACACAUACUUUGAGGAGAUACGGUUAAAAUACGGGUUUAAACUCCGCCUCACAGAUCUACUCAUUAAACCUAUCCAGAGGUUAACUAAAUACCAUAUGCUCUUAGAGGCCAUUCUUAAACAUUCUCAACGGGCAAACCUUACUCUAGAGGCCAAAGCAUUAGAACAGGCAUUCAAGGUGAUGACCGUGGUACCCAACCAGGCAAACGAUAUGAUGGAUAUUGGUCGGUUACAAGGAUUUGAGGGUAAGAUAGUUGCUCAGGGUAAACUACUACUACGUGGACCACUACUGUGUACUGAUGAUCCUUCUAGUUCUCCAAACCAUAGGUUUCGCGAGAUGACUGUUUUCUUGUUCGAGCAGAUAAUCAUUUUUGCUGAAACUGUUGGCAAGAAAACCCAGUUCACAAGCCCAGUAUACACUUAUAAAGCACAUUUUCAG